AAUCAAAGCAGCCAUGUCAAGUGAAAAAAAGAGCGAUGUGAACUAAUAACGGUGCAGAAGGAGCCGUUAUUUCGAGACAUUCAGCGUUAAACUCCGCGGGUUUGUUCAUCAAUGACAGUCAGAGUCGUGUGUAAUGUAGGCACCGUCGAUGUGGGUUAGCAUUAUGCUUCUUUUACGCGGCUAACAACAUUACCGGGACACUUUGACGUUGAUGUAAUAAUAAGCGAACUGAACCUGCUUCGCGUUUAAUGUUAGCCGGCAGUUUUGUGCUGGAAAUAAACGAGCCAAUGAUGACCGGAAAGCAUUACAAGGGUCAAGAAGUCAGCUGCUGCAUCAAGUACUUCAUAUUUGGAUUUAACAUUAUAUUUUGGUUGCUUGGCGUGGCUUUCCUCGGAAUCGGAUUGUGGGCAUGGAGUGAGAAGGGAGUUCUCUCUAAUAUCUCCUCCAUCACGGAUCUGGGUGGAUUUGACCCAGUGUGGUUGUUUUUGGUGGUUGGAGGGGUGAUGUUCAUCCUGGGUUUUGCUGGCUGUAUCGGAGCCUUAAGGGAAAACACCUUCCUGCUCAAAUUUUUUUCUGUGUUUCUGGGGAUAAUCUUCUUCCUGGAGCUCACCGCCGGCAUCCUGGCCUUCGUCUUUAAAGACUGGAUUAAAGACCAGCUCAACUUUUUCAUCAACAACAACAUCCGAGCCUACAGAGACGACAUCGAUUUGCAGAACCUCAUCGACUUCACUCAGGAAUAUUGGGAAUGUUGUGGGGCGUUUGGAGCAGACGACUGGAACCUCAACAUCUACUUCAACUGCACUGACAGCAACCCUAGCAGAGAAAAAUGUGGCGUCCCCUUCUCCUGCUGCACCAAAGACCCCGCGGAGGAUGUCAUCAACACACAGUGUGGAUAUGAUGUGCGCGCAAAACCGGAUGCAGAACAGAAGACUUACAUCCAUGUGAAAGGUUGUGUGCCGCAGUUUGAGAAGUGGCUGCAGGACAACCUGACGGUGGUGGCCGGGAUCUUCAUAGGAAUCGCUCUGCUGCAGAUCUUUGGAAUAUGCCUUGCACAGAAUUUAGUUAGUGAUAUUGAGGCCGUGAGAGCCAGCUGUUUGUUCACAUGAAGUGGCAGCUAUUCCGUCAGACACUCACAGGCCGACAGCAGCAUGAGGACGGUAGCAGAAGAUGAACACAAGAUGCCAAGAGCAGCAGUCGUGUGUGUGUGUGUGUGUGUGUGUGUGUGUGUGUGUGUGUGUGUGUAUAUGUGUGUGUGUGUUUUACAUCUGUACAUAGAGCUCUUUUUCUAGAGUGUUUUAUGUGUCAAACAGCCUGUGUCAUAAAUGUGAGAAAAGCUUUGUGUCCACAGAGGCUACACUGACAGAAGAUCCUCCAUCAUCUGCUGCACUGAAAAAAAAA